CACGCGCCCGUGACGAGCAAUGGCUGCCAUCGACAUCACGUUCUCGUCAGAGCCGGGCACGGGGGACAUAGACUCGGACUCGGACUUUGAAGGCGGCUCGACUGAAGAGGCUGAGGUGGUGCCGGGCUGCUUUGAGGCUGCUGCUGUUGCAGACGCCUCGCCGGAGAAGAGCAACGACAGCGAGAGCAAGGCGCCCGCCGUUGUUGUUCCGGCCGUGGUCAUCAUGGUCGACGGCUCGGACUCGGGCACGGCCGACGUGUCGGACGACGACGACUCCGACGAGUCCAGCGGCUCCGACGGUGGCGGUGGCGUCGCCAUGCACGAUGCUCGCGAGUCGCUCGCGGACUCGUCCGACGACGACGCCGACGAGUUCCACGACGCAACCGGUGGGCUCGGCGCAAAGCUGGCGCUGCGUGGGCGGCAGCAGACGUCGAUAUCCGGUAAGGGCCUCAAGCGGCUGUCAACGGCCGAGAUGCUUGACAUGCGCAUGAACUCAAAGAACAGCAUCUCAUGCCGCGAGAAUCAAUCCGGCCAGGCCGAGAUCAAUCUCGAGGAACGCGCGCUGGGCGAAAUCCCGCCCGAGGUCUUCAAGGUCCGGCGCGUCCAAGUCCUCAAGCUCGCCAACAACCUCAUCACCGAGAUCCCGUCGGAGAUCCGCAACUUGUCUGCCCUCACCUACCUCGACAUCACCCAAAACUUGCUCGAGCGGCUUCCAGACGAGCUGACAGGCAUGUAUAACAUGGUGGUCAUGCACGCGUCGCAGAACCCAAGCCUCGGACGCUCGAUGUCUGCCAUUGCGUGUAUGGACAACUUGACACACCUGGUGCUCAACCAGGUUGGUCUCGACACACUACCGGACAACAUCUCGCGGCUGCUGCGGCUGCGGCAGCUCCAUCUGUGCGACAACAAGCUGACAGAGUUCAACGACGAGUUCUUCAAGCUGGCGGCGCUGAUGGACCUCGCGCUCGACAACAACGCCAUUUCCGAGAUCCCAUCCAAGGUCUCCGAGCUCCGCUCGCUCACUGCGCUCAACAUGGCCAACAACCAGCUGACCACGCUUCCGGUCGCGCUGGGUAAGCUCGAGGCACUGCAAGAGCUGCGGGUCGACGGCAACCCGUUUGAGGACAAGACCAUUGCGCCCAAGUUUGAGAGCGGCGGCAACGAGGCGGUCCUCAGCCACCUGAAAGCCAAGGCCAACAAGAGCGGCGGAUGCUGCACGCUGAUGUAGCACCACCGGCGAUGGCCUCCAUAAAGUUGCACAUGCCACACCCCAGGCUUGCCCGC